UAUUACCCUUUUAAAUGAGCUGUGACACACGUGCACACCUACCACCGUCGCAUGGGGACCGGGUUGUAUAUAAGGGCCGUGGGCGAGUCGUUGCAGCGCGGAAAAAAAAAAGUUAUAGUAAGUUAUUUUAGCUGAAACAAACCAAUAAUUAAAAAAAAAAACAGAAAACAGAAGAGAAUCUGUGCAUAAGUUGCAGAUUUCAACCUCUGCAGCAGCUGCUGGAAGAACCAACCCUCUCCGCCUACUCCAUCUCUCCCUCUACUCUCCUCCUCCGCUUCACCCAACACUCACAUCCAUGAGUGUGACCAACUCCUCUGCCUAUCGAUCGGAGCGUAGCUUCCACCAGACCUCAUCCUCCUCUUCGUCCUCUGCGAACCCAUACAUGGAGAAAAGCCGGGGACUCUUCGCAGAGGACUUUGGCUCCUUCAUGAGGCCUGGGAGCGACGCCUUGGGAUUUUCCAGUGGCCCUGGAAAAGUCAAAACUCUUGGGGAUUCCUACCAGUUCACAGUGGACGUGCGAGAUUUCUCCCCUGAAGAUGUGAUCGUCACCACAUCCAACAACCAAAUAGAAGUUCGUGCAGAAAAGUUGGCUCAAGAUGGUUCGGUGAUGAACACAUUCACCCACAAAUGCCAGCUACCCGACGACGUGGACCCCACCUCUGUUACAUCCUCCCUGGGCGCUGAGGGGACCCUGACAGUCAGGGCACGGCGGCAGCCUCCCAAACAUGAGCAUGUACAGACCUUCCGCACUGAGAUCAAAAUCUAGAAAAAAAACACCAUUUUAGAAAGAAACCAUUCAGUGCCUUUGUUUCUUAUUGCUACUCCCUAUUACAUCCUGACAUCGCUACGUGUAACAAGCAGAGAGACGCCACCAAGCUCUAAAAACCCGCCAUGACUGCAAAUGAGUCUGUUUUUGCCUACUGUAUUUGUAGCCUGAGUUACUCCACAACACUGCAGCAGUAGGUCAUACCUGCACAUAUGGAGGCAUGGAUAUAUACAGUACAGUAUUUACACACACACACACACACACACACACACACACACACACACACACACACACACACACACACACACACACACACACACACACACACACACACACUGCAGUUGACUAAUCUGUUCACUGUGUCACUUGUUCUGAUGUUCUGACAGUUCUAAAAGUCUAACUUCACCAGCUGCUCAUUAAUUAUAAUUUAAUGUAUGAUAUUAUUUGUGUGAAUAAAGUUAUUUCUUCUUUGACAAUAAACAUGCUGGUCUUUGUGAUGCAU